CUUAUUAAUUUAGUAUGUAAUUUUUAAAUAUGGAAGUAAGAUAAAGGAUUAAUAUAUGUACCAUGAUCCUAAAAUUCUAUUUAAAUUAAAUGAAAAAUAUUAUAUUUAUUUUUUAAAUAGUAUUUAUAUUUUUUCAUAUUUAUUUUUAAUUAUUUUAUAUUAUCAUCAUAAUAGGAGUUCGUAUUGUUGUAAUCUGAGAAGACAGAAAGAUUGUUUUUUUUUAUUUUGAUUUUUUUUGGGCGGUGAGAGGGAAAUGUCAGGUGGAGGAGAGAGCUCAAGGAAGAUUGACCAGACCCCAACUUGGGCUGUGGCGGUUGUCUGUACGGCUAUUAUUGUCAUCUCUAUUGCCUUGGAGAAGAUUAUCCACAAGCUUGGAACGUGGCUGGCGGACAGACACAAGAAAGCUUUGUUUGAGGCUUUCGAGAAAGUGAAAGCCGAAUUGAUGAUUCUCGGAUUCAUCUCGCUGAUCCUUGUAUUUUGUCAGAACUACAUUCCCGGAAUAUGUAUUCCAACACAUGUUGCUGACACUAUGCUGCCAUGUAAAGCCACUGGCAAUGAGGCUAAAGAGGAGGAACACCGUCGGAGGCUAUUAUGGUAUGAGCGCCGGGGUUUGUCAGCCAGCGAAGCACGAAAAUGCAAGGAGGGAUAUGUUGCUCUCAUAUCUGUUGAAGGGCUGCACCAAAUACACAUCCUUGUUUUCUUUUUGGCAAUCCUGCAUGUGGUUUAUAGUGCCGUUACUAUGUUGCUGGGGAGACUAAAGAUCCGUGGAUGGAAGCAGUGGGAACAAGAAACUUCGUCUCACAAUUACGAAUUCUCAAAUGAUCCUUCAAGAUUCAGACUUACUCAUGAGACAUCUUUUGUGAGAGCUCACACGAGUUUCUGGACCAGAAUUCCAAUAUUCUUUUACAUUGGAUGUUUUUUCAGACAAUUCUUUAGAUCCGUAAGCAAGUCUGACUAUUUGACCCUGCGCAACGGCUUCAUCAGUGCUCAUUUAGCCCCGGGAAGUAAAUUUAACUUCCAAAAGUACAUUAAGAGGUCAUUAGAGGAUGACUUCAAGGUAGUUGUGGGAGUCAGUCCUGUGCUUUGGGCAUCCUUUGUGAUUUUCCUGCUCCUAAAUGUGAAUGGUUGGAGGGCAUUGUUUUGGGCAUCUGUUAUUCCUUUAAUUAUAAUUUUAGCGGUCGGGACAAAACUUCAAGCUAUUUUGACCAAAAUGGCCCUUGAGAUCACCGAAAGACAUGCAGUAGUUCAAGGAAUCCCUCUUGUGCAAGGAUCCGACAAAUACUUUUGGUUCGGUCGGCCUCAAUUAGUUCUACACCUCAUUCAUUUCGCCUUAUUUCAGAAUGCAUUCCAAAUAACAUACUUCUUGUGGAUAUGGUAUGAGUAUGGAAAGAAAAAUUGCUUCCAUGAAAGUUUUCAGCUGGUCAUUGUGAAAAUGGCAAUAGGGGUGGGAGUUCUGUUCUUGUGCAGCUACAUUACGCUGCCACUUUAUGGGCUCGUGGCUCAGAUGGGUUCGCGCAUGAAGAAAUCAAUCUUUGAUGAACAGACGUCAAAGGCGCUGAAGAAGUGGCAUCAUAUGGCCAUAAAGAAGAAGAACCCAAGUGGAGGGGGGAAGUCUCCAACCAGAACCUUGGGCGGUGGGACCCCACCACCAUCCUCGUCCGCGGUCCGUUCUACCCCUGCACUCCAUCGGUACAGAUCUCUUGGCAUCCCGACCCGAUCCUAUCCGUUCGACGAUGAUGACGCUUUUGACCCUGAAAACGAUUCAUCAACGCCAUCCAAUGAUGCAGUAAUGAUGCAAGUUGAUGAUGGUCCCAAGGAAGAAGAACAAGUGGAAGUGAAAGGAGAAGGCACAAAGAGUAGUGGAGGCAGCUUUUCAUUCCCAAAGCCAACAACCCCUUAGGAGAAGCUAUAUUUUCACUAAGUACGCCCAAUUGCAUACAUAAUACAUACUGGUACAACUUUUUCUUUUGCUGGAUUGUUUUAGUUGUGUUUUUUACUCAUUGGCUGCAUGCUUUACGAGAGAAGUGUCAUAUAGUGGCAAAGGUGCUAGCUAGGAAGAUGUAGAUGAACUUUUUGUAUACUGUAAUUAACUGAGAUUUCUUCAUAAUUCGUAAUAAAGAACUUUGUCUUAG